AGUUAGGCUAUCUGAGAUUUUCUUACUAGAUAGGCCUAAUAGAAAAGUGAAAUUGGAUUUGAAAUAUCAAAACAGUACAUUUAGGAUCUGAUUCAUACAGCUGAAAGAAAGUGUCAAUCUUUCCAAGUUUGUUUUAGCAUUAUUUAUUCAUCCACUUUCUAGAUUUAGGACAAACCUGCUGACAACAGUGACUCGGCAAUGAUCUUCAUCACUGGGAACCAGACAAACUACAAGAAAGAAGUUGUAUCUUGGCCAAGCAACUGGUUCAUGGUGGGAUGGACCUCAUUGACCUCCUGCUCAGGAACACAGAUGAAACCACCGGUUGCCAUAGCAACCAAUCAUGGACUAUCACAAUUCAUGAAACCCUGAGCACUGAGGGAAGUGCUGCUGAUGACUUCCUGGACUCCCUGCUGGGUGGGAGCGUCUCCUCCUCGGCUCCAGCGUCCCCCCUGUGGUCCCCCUGCACCACUGACAGUGGCAUCAAUGAGGACACCCCGACAGAUCCCAAAGACAGCUAUCACCCGCCCUUCUGCACAGCCUUUCCAGCCUUUAAUACGCAGUGUUUCCCUCAGCCUCCAGCUCCGGAGAACAAGCCACCACCAAAUGAAAAGAUGUCUGACGUUUCCAUUGAUCUAGGCUGGGAGUCCGAUGAGCAGUUGGGCAUUGCACACUACCUCACUAGGAACCAAACCUCCCCUCUGUCGUCCAGUCAGGCUCUCACGGUGAAGGACCUGCUGCUUUCCAGUCCGGGACAGACAGCGCAGCGAUUCCCCCAGCAUUCCCUGCAAGAGCUUGUUCUUAAUGAGGAUGAGAAGAAGCUUCUGGCUAAAGAAGGGGUGAACUUACCCAGCAAACUGCCCCUGUCCAAGUUUGAAGAGAGGGUUUUGAAGAAGAUCCAGCGGAAAAUCCGCAACAAGCGCUCAGCUCAAGAAAGUCGGAAGAAGAAGAGGGAAUAUGUUCAAAAUCUGGAGGGAAGGGUGUCUGCAUGCCGUGCUCACAACCUCAAGCUGCAGGGAAGGGUCCAGCAGUUGGAGGAGACCAACAAUGAUCUGCUGGAGCAGCUAAGCCGGCUACAGGCUCUCCUUCCUAACCCAACACAGAGAGGGACCUGCAUCCUGGUUUUGCUCCUCUCCUUCUCCCUGCUCAUAUCCUCAAAUCUUCAGCCAGACCCCUACAGCCAACCCAGCCAGGAAGAGUACACACAGACCAAAGUGCCGUCCCGCACCCUGCAGUCGACGGACGAAGGGCGAGACGUCGCUCCUCUUCCUCUCUCCUCCGUCUCCAGGGGCUUUGAGGCCCUGUGCAGGCUGAUGGGCGGAUCUCCCUGCGGUAGAUUUCCAAUCCUCUCACCACCACAAGCACCGGGACAAUCACUGAUCUCCUCGGGACCCCCAGGAGGAAAGACCUAGCAAAAGAAAAGCAGACUUGCUUGCAGGCGCAGCAUCUAAAUGAGCAGUUUGAUUGCUUUUCAGCAUCUGUUUCUCACUGCAGAGACUGAGUGAGGUGUUAUGUUGUGUUUGCCAUCAGCUCCAACACACAAUCCGCUAUAGUUAAAAGAUUUAACUGCAAUUUACUCACUUAGAUGGAGGUCGGUGAGGAGGUCAUCCAAACAGUCGUCAUUUUUUCGUUUGCUUUGGAAAACGGAGCCUCAGGGACCUGGUGGAGCAUGUAUUAUACAUAUACUACUGCAAGAUGUAGACAUGUAGGAUCUGUUAAACAACACAAAUGUAUAUUCACUGCUGUAUUUUAUUAUUUACUUUUAAUGUAUAUGUUGAAAAGUUUCUCCAAAAUGAUUUGCAUUUUUUGUAACAGUUCAGUGCAAUGCAGGCAAAGCACGAGAUAAUUAAAAUGUGUACUCCAGUGAGUUUUGGAAUGUUUUUUAGAGUAAUGCCAUGUAAUAAUGAGGCAACGUGUGAAAAACUAAAAUGAUUUGGCCACAAAGAAUAAAUUACUUCGAGCAAAAGCUGCUGGAUGACUUAUCACUUCAAAACAAACGUCAUAAUAAGCUCCGUUUAAUGCCAGCUGUCAAUAUGGGAAAGUGGGCUUGGGUUUAAAAGAAAUAGUGGAUAUCAUAUCUCUAUUUUAGAGCAACAGACUUAGUUGUUAUUAUAUUUGUGGAGAUACAAUUAUUGGCUGGACAUGUCUCUAUGUAAAGUGCCUUUCUCUAUUGGGGUCAAAAACAUGUUGCAAAACCUGCUGUUAUUUAAUGCAAUUAAGGGAUAAUGACUGACUGCCAUCUGUUACAUGAGGUCCAUCCAUUAAAAGCACUUCAGUGGUUAUUCUUGUCUCUGGUUCGCAGGUGCAGCACCUGACAUAAUGUUCUGUCUCACAUUCUGUCCA